AGGAGAUGGCGCGAGUGAGAGAGAGAGAGAGAGAGAGAGGAGAGAGAGAGAGGUGGCGCCAACCAAUGGGACGUAUUUAAAAAGGGAUGACGAUUUGUUCAGGACACAUAAGUACAUAACUGACAGUUUGAAUCUCCCCUCAUCUCUUUCUCUCCUUGGUGGGUAUAUGCUUCCGGAAUCUCGUUUUAUCCCACUACCCCUCCCUUUCUCCUCUUCGUCGUCUUCUCUCUCUCUCUUUCUCCCUCUCUCGCUCUAAACAAUGGCGCGCGCAACCCCAAUCCUCCACCAAAACAACCUCCUCCUCACCCCCCGCACCAGAACCUCCCACUCCCUCUUCAACUCCCCCAAACCCCCGCCCCCACUCUCCCCGACCCUCACCUCCGUCUCCCUCUCACACCACCGCGUCACGCGCGUCUCCACAGCCCCCCUCGAGCACGCGCCGCCCUCCCCCUCCCCCGACUUCCGCCCCGAAAUCUCCCGCCUCAAAUCCCUCCGAUCCACCCUCUCCCGCUCCAAAACCCUAACCGACAAGCUCCGAGCCAUCCACGCCGACUCCAGAGUAAAACGUUUCUUCACCGUUGGGGUUUCUAGGGUUUUGAAUGACUAUCUUAAGUUGGGCGAUUACGAGUUGUUUUUACUCAAAUGUGUGGUGGCAGCGGGGCAGGAGCACGUGCUGGGGUCGAUAUCAGAGUCGGUGGUCGAGGGCGAUUUCGAGUCGGCCAGGGGGUUGUUGAAGAGCGCGCUUUAUGGUUUGGUUGAGAUGAUUGAGAAGUGGGAUGUGGAGGGUGGUGGGGGGGUGGUGGGGGGUAGGGUGGAGGAGGAGGUGGAGGGUAAAGAGGUUGGAGCGUUGAGGAAGCUGCUGAAGACUCUUGGAGAGAUGGAACGGUUUUAUGACUGCAUUGGAGGAAUCAUUGGAUAUCAAAUAGCGGUGCUGGAGCUUCUUGCUCAAUCAAGAUAUGAGGGACAUACCAUAAAUUGGUCCAAGCACCUUAAUGAAUCAAAGGGAUGCCAAUUACUUGAAGUUCAUCCUCCCAGAGUUCUUGACCUUUCUGAAGAUACAGAAUAUGCAUCUCAAGCAGCUCUUUGGGGAAUUGAGGGUUUACCAGAUCUAGGUGAGAUUUAUCCUCUUGGAGGUUCUGCAGACAGGCUUGGUUUGGUUGACCCUCACACUGGUGAAUGUCUCCCUGCUGCAAUGCUUCCUUACUGUGGACGGACAUUAUUAGAAGGUCUUAUAAGAGAUCUUCAGGCUAGAGAAUUCUUGUAUUUCAAGUUGUAUGGAAAACAAUGCGUCACCCCUGUUGCAAUCAUGACGAGUUCAGCAAAGAACAACCAUGAACGCAUCACCUCACUGUGUGAAAGACUUGGAUGGUUUGGAAGAGGUCGAUCUCUAUUCCAAUUUUUUGAGCAGCCUCUUGUUCCGGCUGUUGGUGCAGAAGAUGGUCAAUGGCUGGUCACCAGACAAUUCAUGCCCGUUUGCAAGCCUGGUGGUCAUGGUGUGAUAUGGAAGCUUGCUUAUGAUAGAGGCAUUUUUCAAUGGUUUUAUGACCAUGGAAGAAAAGGUGCAACUGUUAGACAAGUAAGUAAUGUUGUGGCUGCUACAGAUUUGACCCUCUUGGCAUUGGCGGGGAUUGGUCUGCACCAUGGAAAGAAACUAGGAUUUGCGUCAUGUAAGCGAAUCUUGGGGGCCACAGAAGGAAUAAAUGUUUUAGUUGAAAAAAAGAAUCUUGAUGGAAUGUGGGCAUAUGGUUUAUCAUGCAUUGAGUACACCGAGUUUGACAAGUUUGGGAUCAGUGAGGGACCUCUUUCUUCUCAUAGUUUGCAGGCAGAGUUCCCUGCCAAUACAAACAUUCUAUAUGUGGAUUUACCUUCUGCAGAGCUUAUUGCAUCAAGAGAAAGUGAAACCAGCUUGCCAGGCAUGGUGCUCAAUACAAAGAAGCCUAUUACAUACGUGGAUCAGUUUGGAAUCCAGCAUCGUGUCCCUGGUGGACGGCUGGAAUGCACAAUGCAGAACAUAGCUGAUAAUUUCUUCAAUGCACAUUCAUCUCGACGUUGUGAAGGUGUAGAAGCAGACAAUCUGGAUACCUUUAUUGUGUACAAUGAGCGAAGGAAGGUCACAUCAUCUGCUAAGAAGAAAAGAAGAUAUGGCGACAAGUCUUUUCCCCAGACUCCAGAUGGUUCAUUGUUGGACAUUAUGCGCAAUGCCUAUGAUCUUCUUUCCCACUGUCAAAUCGAAAUUCCAAAGAUUGAAGGUAAUGAUAAGUAUGCUGAUUCUGGACCCCCAUAUCUCAUCUUCCUUCAUCCUGCUUUGGGACCACUUUGGGAAGUCACUCGACAAAAAUUUGUUGGAGGUUCCAUUGCAGAGGGUUCCGAAUUACAAGUAGAGGUUGCUGAGUUCUUAUGGAGAGAUGUUCAGCUCGAUGGUAGUUUGAUAGUUGUGGCCGAAAAUAUCCUGGGUUCGACUACGAUGGAUGAAAAUGGUGAUCCGAAACUACAGUAUGGGCGCAGGUGUGGAAGGUGUAAGUUACAGAAUGUCAAAGUACUGAAUGAAGGGAUUGAUUGGACUUCAGGACACAACACGUACUGGAAGCAUGAUGUGCAGCGGUUUGAGUUAUUAAAGGUCAUACUACAUGGAAAUGCUGAAUUUGAAGCAACAGAUGUCAUCUUACAGGGCAAUCAUGUCUUUGAAGUUCCAAAUGGCUAUAAAUUGAAGAUCACAUCAGGAAAUUCAGGUUUGGAUGUCCAGUUAAACCCUAUUGAAGAGAAAUCGAUGGAUACGGGAAGCUGGUUCUGGAACUACAAGAUAAACGGUACACAUAUUCAGUUGGAAUUGGUAGAGUUGUAGAAGUAUAACCGGAUCCCUACCUACAUUUUAUGUGAACCAUGGUUCACUAUCUGUCUCAGAAGUCACUUGGAGAUUAUCCGGGUGAUUCGCUCUUCGUUGAACAUAAGUUGAACCUCUCUUACCAUCGGCUCUUUUUUUGUAACACAUACAUAAGUUUAGAGCCUAUAUCACUGAAAGUUCCCGUCUCAUGUAACUAAAAUGUAAGUUUAAGUGUAAAGAUCGUGGAAGUUUGGUUGUAGUUGUUUUGUCAUUUCUUUUACUGGCAUAUCAGUAGAUUAGUCAUUGCUGUUGGGGUCUUUUUUUUCCCUUUCAUUAAAUCCGUGUAAUCAAUAUUGUAACUUUUUGUUACUAACUUAAUGGCAAUCUCUCUCUCUCUCUCUCUCUC